AUGUCGUUGGAUCAUCAGAAACUCGGUGAACUGGUCCAGCUGCUCGAGGACUACUCGGAGCUUCAAGAAAAGAGGCAAAAGGUCCAAGAACAAGCCGAGAAAAUUGCCCAGGCUCGAGCUCGGGGCAAACGAGCUCCCAGUGUGCCCAACAACUUCUCGGAAAACCUCGAUGCAGACCGCGAGAUGACCCCAGGCCAAGAGCAAAAGAGCUACGAUUCCUCCGUCGACAGCGACGAGGAUAUGGACUAUACAGUCCCUCCUCCUUCCAUCGCCGAGAGCCCAAACUCGAAUCCACCGGCCCCAAGCGAGGAAGCCCUCCGGCGAUUCGCCACGACGGUCGCCUACUCGUCAUAUAGCAACUUCUGCGGCACCUCGGAUGAGACCUUGGUGCGUCACUUGUUUGAAGAUGGCCUACAGAACGAUUCAGCUGUCAUUUUUGAUCCAAAGAAGAUGAUCGAGAUCAACAAGACAGAUCACAACAUUGCCUACCUCUGGAACGAGCUGGCUGAAGCCGCUGCUUCCCCUUUUGUCGCCAGCAUGACCGAGGCCCGCCGCCGAAUCGACCCUGGACUCACGACAGACGAUCAAAUCCGCCGGUUCGGGCCUGCUGAGAUCCUAAAUGACAGCUUACCGAUCUACUGGAUCGUCACCCUCAGCCAGCGGGGCGUGAUCGAUUGGGAAGGAGGCUGCUCCUUGGCCCGCGCCUACCGCCGUGUCUUUGAGAAAUUCGGCGUCGAUGACGUCCAUUGCUUGGUGUUCGAGUACGAGACAGAUCUUUCAGGCGAGGAUAGCCGGAAGGCAUUUGCUCUGGAGUAG